AUGGCUAGUGAUCUGCAAAAAUCAUUUGAAGAAGACUGUUCUUUACCAGAAACUGCAUAUGGAGCUGAAGAAUGCUACCGCCGUACUAUAGAGCUCUUGAAAGAUUUGGGGUUUCCCAAAGGGGUGCUUCCUCUUAAAGACCUUGAAGAAUUUGGUUAUGUUCGUAAAACUGGAUUCGAGUGGAUGAAACAAAAGGCCUCGUACGAGCAUUAUUUUACUUCAAUUAAAAUGCCUAUAAGCUACGCGACUGAGGUCACUGCAUAUGUGGAGAAAGGUAGGAUGAAAAAAAUAAGUGGCGUUAAGGGUAAGCAACUGCUUCUUUGGGUGCCUGCAACUGAGAUGAGCAUUAAUUCUGAUGGAAAGAAACUUUAUUUUAGGACUCCUGUGGGACUUGGGAGGUCUUAUCCCAUUACUGCUUUUAUGACUGAUGAGGAAAAGCAGAAGUACAUACAUGGAGAAAGCUAA